CUGAGAUCCAAUCAUGGCAAAAAACAAAAGUGGCUACAGUCGCUUUGAAAACCCUCCUCAGUACAGCGAGGUGAAUCAGCAGGCGCUGCCGGGCUUCAUGAUGCCACCGCCGCCUUAUGAUGCUACUGUUCCUCAUGGAGGAUCGAAUGCUGGUGUUCCCGUCGUUGUACCCGUCGCACCCCCGUAUGCUCCACCAACCGCUUUUGGGAAUCACAUGUACAGACAAGGAGUUUCUGGAAAUCCACAGCAUCCAUAUCCUACAGCAGCCCCUUACAUUACAGAUCCUUACACAGUUUUGUUUUGUGAUAGAGUGGCAAUGGGACACAGCGAUCCUCCCCCAGGCUAUGAAAAGAAGCAGUUUGCCAGCUCAGGACUCGAUAAUAAAGCCGUCAGAAGACUCUUCAUUCGGAAGGUUUUUUCGGUCUUGAGUCUUCAGUUGGCCAUCACCUGCGGCUUCGUGGCCGUGUUCACUUUCGAGCCUCACGUCAAGCUGUUCGUGAUGCAGAAUGCCUGGACGUACUUGGCCGGCUACAUAGUCUUCCUCGUGCCCUACCUAGUGAUCCUGUGCUGCGGAGAGAUUCGCAGGAAGCAUCCGUGGAACCUCAUUUGUCUGAGUAUCCUGACGCUGGCGAUGUCCUACAUGGUGGGUGUGAUCUCCAGCUUCUACGACACUGAUGUCGUGAUGAUGGCUGUCGGCAUUACUGUGGUGGUCUGCUUCACGGUCAUCGUCUUCUCUCUGCAGACCAAAUAUGACUUCACUUCCUGUUACGGCGUGCUGUUCGUUUGCUUCAUCGUCAUGCUGUUCUUCGGGAUCAUGUGCAUCUUUCUGUACCACAGGAUCCUGGACCUCAUCUAUGCAUCUGUGGGAGCGCUGAUCUUCACCUGCUUCUUGGCCGUGGACACGCAGCUGCUUCUCGGGAACAAGAAUCUGUCCGUGAGUCCCGAGGAACACGUCUUCGCCGCGCUCAACCUGUAUCUGGACAUCAUUCAAAUCUUCUCAUUCAUUUUGCGAAUCUUUGGAAGAAGCAGUGGCUAAAAGUCCACCAGUGAAGAAAGAAACCCAUGCGAUAGGGCUGGGUAGAAAAUAUCGAUUUCUCGAUAUUAUUCGAUUCUUGAAUCCCAAGAAUCGAUUAGUCUAGCCUGUUCUCAGAUGAACGAAACAUUAUAGCGUGCCUCCCAUCCAAUCAAUCGCAAUGAGCUUUGUGAUUUGUUACUUCUGAUAUGAAACAAAGUCUCCGAUUUCAAGUUCUGUCCAUUUUAUUACAGUACUCAAACAAUAAAUGCUGUUUUGGUGCUGCUUAAUGUGGAGUGACAGAUUGCCGUAGCGCCUCAGGUAGAAGGCUCUCUUCCACUUUAACACAAGUUACAGCACAAAAUAAACACGAAUGAACAUCCAAAGGUUUGUUAAAAGAAAGAGUACAACUUUCCUGUCUCAUGUAAUCACUCUAUCAGUGUUUCAGCCGCGGACAGAUGUCAAUAUAACAGCUUACAAUGUCACAUUUGCCUUUGAAAAAACAUAUUUGGUGACCAUAAACUCAUUAGUCAGCUAGAAACAUUAACUCUAGAGAGGAGCUUUUGUGCUAAAUAUAUGCACCAUAUAGCAUAUUCAUUAUAAUUUUUUACUGUUCUUUAAUGUUUAAUGCAUGUUUGAGUAAAUCUGUCAAGUUUUUAUGAUAGCCACCAUUUAAAUGUUUAUACAUCAGAAAAUUAAUUAGAGUAGAAAUGAUGUAAUUGUAACUUUAUUAUUAUAAAAACUUAAAAUUUGAGCAUUUGUAUACAAAUCAGUUCAUUUUAACCUUCAAUAUUAUAGUAAUGUAGUAAUUUGUUUUUUCCUUUUAGAAAAUUUGGCAUGUACUGUACCUGCUAUAUAUCCAAAAUCAUCUAUAUUGAAUCGAAUCGGGAAUUGAAUCGAAGCUUGUGAAUCAGAAUCGAAUUGAAUGGUGAAAUUUGUGUCAAAACCCAGCUCUACCAUGCAACCAGUUGAAGAUAAAGUGUGGUGUUUCCUUCUGUGUUAAAACGCUUUGUUUCCCACUUUCUCUCAUUUUCAUUGCUAUUAACAUAAUCAAGAUCAAAUACACUGAUUCAUUCAGAUUACA